CUUAAAACUGUCCUUUUAUCCUGUUAUCAUCUUAAUUAUGAACAAAUAUUUUUGUGAAAAUACUUACUGGAAAAAAUUGCUGUAAUUAAACUAAACGGUGUUGAAGUUACCGUGGAACUGGACAAACAAGACAUUGUAACCAGGUAAUUAGUUUUCGUAAUUGAUCAAAAAACGAUAUUAACCACCUGUAAACAAUCCCCAUCUUAAACAUUCAAUUCUAUUUCAAGGCAAAUGUUUUUCCCCACAUUGAAUAUGAAUUUGCCCCGAAGGAAACGACGAUUAAUUAAACCCUUAUUAGCUUCUCUUAUUCCAUUGGUCGUGAAUAUCUAAUAUUCUAAUCUGAAGGGUAAUUGGAUCAUUAAUAAGGGGAUGUUUUCAUUAAGGCCAUUUCUUAUAAAGUGGAUUGAAAGCAGAGCUCAUCAGAAAGUAAGUGAGAGUCGUCGAAGAUGGGCUUCCAGGAUGCAAUUGGAGACUCAGAUGUCAUCAAUGGUCUUAGUAUCAAGUUUCUCAAACUCUUAGGAAUGUGGAACGCCAUAAACAAAUAUAGAACCACAGGGAAGAGGGCAGUCGUUACCAAAAUCCAUGUAAUAGGGUCACUUCUUAUAACUGUACCAUAUGUCGUAUGUCAGCUGCAAAGCUUCUUCAAUAUAGAGUUCGACGUGCAGAAACUUACAUUUGUAUACUUGCAUCCAUUACCCGCUGCUUCUUUGUGCUGUAGGAUCCUGAUAUUUUGGUACCGCAUGGAAAGUAUUUGCAGGCUUUACAACUUGUUGAGAAAGGACUUUUUCAACAUACCACAUGAGAUUAGUGGUGAUGUUAGAAGAAUCUAUGAGAAGGUCAGCAGACUAUCCAACUUGUGCUGCACGUUUGUGUUUCUAUUGCUCGGUGGCGUAGAGAUAUUAUAUUUAUUUUUUCCUGGUAUGUCUGUUGACUACAUACAGCACCACACCGGGAGUAUGGCUGCUGUCAAAACAGGCAGAAAGAAGAUAUUUGGAGGGUGGUAUCCUGUACCAAUGAGCGAGUACACGGAGGAACUGAGCAGUGUUUACAACCCAAUGGUGACAAUAACACUGGGAAUAGGUAUCAUCGUUCUGAUAAUCGCCGCUGUUCAGAUCUUGCUUAGCUCAGACCUCCACUUCGCCAUCUACAGGAGCGAGUGGUACAAGGCCGACGUGGAGUUCAGGAAGGCGGCCCAGAUGUUGAUGGUAGGAACCAGGAGGAAUGUUAACCUCACUGCUCUGGGGAUGUACCCAGUGAAUCUGGAAACCUUGGAAGCACUCCCAGUGGAGCAAAGAAACGAACAAUGUCCAUCGAUCUCUGUCUCCAACCAGCACCUUCACCUCACUCCAAGUCUUCGCUGCCUGCUCCAUCUCAUUCAACUUGGUUCUCUUCCAGGUGUUCCUUGGAGGAACCAGUCUCUAUAA